AUGUCGUUACGAAAAACAUGUAACAGGGAUCCACCCACUGUCCAUACACCCACUUCUCUUACACCCACUGCCCUUGCACCCACUGCCCUUACACACAUUGCCCAUACACACAUUGCCCAUACACCCACUGCCCAUACACCCACCGCCCAUACACCCACUGCCCACACACCCACUGCCCUUACACCCACUGCCCUUACACCCACUGCCCAUACACCCCCUGCCCCUACACCCACUGCUCCUACACCCACUGCUCCUACACCCACUGCUCCUACACCCACUGCUCCUACACCCACUGCCCAUACACCCACUGCCCAUACACCCACUGCCCAUAAACCCACUGCCCCUACACCCACGGCCCCUACACCCACGGCCCCUACACUCACGGCUGCUACACCCACUGCCCCUACACUCACUGCCCCCACGGCCCCUACACCCACUGCCCCUACACCCACUGCCCCUACACCCACUGCCCCUACACCCACUGCCCCUUCACCGACUGCCCCUACACCCACUGCCCCUACACCCACUGCCCCUUCACCCACUGCCUAUACACCCACUGCCCCUACACCCACUGCCCCUACACCCACUGCCCCUACACCCACUGCCCCUACACCCACUACACCCACUGCCCCGAUAUCCACUGCCCAUACACCCACUGCCCCUACACCCACUGCCCCUACACCCACUGCCCCUACACCCACUGCCCCUACACCCACUGCCCCGAUAUCCACUGCCCAUACACCCACUGCCCCUACAAAUACUGCCCCUACAACUACUCCCCCUACACCCACUGCCCCAACACCCACUGCCCCUACACCCACUGUCCCAACACCCACUGCCCCUACACCCACCGCACCUACACCAAUUGCCCCUACAACUACUGCCCCUACACCCACUUAUAAAAGUAAGUAA